GAGCUCCUGCUGCUAAUGAAGAUGAAGGUGUGGGUGCUGCUCCUUGUGCUCUCCUCGGUCCCCUGUGUCUCUGCUGAUGGUCUCCACGAGACCAGCUCAGUCAGUGGCUGUUCAGAUAGUGAUGGAGAGGAUGUGCUGAUCCUGGAUGAUGAGGUGGUCUGGUACGCAGACUUCUACAAGCAGAACGGAGUCGAUUCUCUGCCAGCCUUUGCAGAUCAUCCAAGCUUUCAAGGAAAGUAUGAAGAAGCUGUGGUUAAUCAACAGAUCUGCAGAUAUAACCUGAAGAUGGCUCGUACGGCUUUGAAGGACUUCCCCAAACAACGCGAUGCUCCUUCCAGCGUGAACAUCUACACUACACUAAAUGUGGAGAUUGGAGUCCAAAACACUCUGAUCUGUCAUGUGACUGGUUUCUAUCCUGCUCCCAUUAAAGUCACCUGGAAAAAGAACAUAAAGAAAGUGGUUGAAGGAACCAGCAUCACUGUUCCCUUAUCCAACAAGGAUGGUUCCUUCAGCCAGACGUCCAAACUGGACUUUGUUCCAAAGGGAGGAGAUGUGUACGCCUGCAUAGUGGAACAUAUGGCCCUGACCCAACCAAUUACCAAAAUCUAUGCUGUGGAGGACGUUGAACCCAUUCUGGGACCCAUUCUGGGACCUGCAAUAUUUUGUGGAGUGGGUGUGACUGUCGGGGUCUUUGGCGUGGCAGCAGGAAUCUUCCUCUUCAUCAGAGGGAAAAAGUGA